GGCUUGAGAACGAGUUUAGGAAUUACUUAGCACGAAGCAUCUGCAUUCGAUUUCGGUACAUAUGAAUGCAUACGGAGGUCGAUUUUACUUCGCGCAGAAAAAAACAUAAGCAUACAUGUACAAUGUACUGUACAAGUACGUGUACACCUGUAGGCUUGGUGCUGGGACCAUGGGGUCCCAGGGGGUACAUGAACAGGUACGGUACGGGUACAGAUUUUGAGAGCAACAGCGCCUUCAAGCGAUAAGGUUGUCACGCAAUGCACUUGCCGGCGCGGCCGGGUGCUGUCAUUUAAACCCCCUAGCUGCUAGUAAAAAAGUGGUCACCGUGCCAGCUCGUUCACUAUUUGCAAGUUUGACACAUUUUCUUCUGUCAAUAAACAGUAUAAAAACCACUGUGUUCUGGAUGUUGAGACCAUUUCGAGGAGAAAUUAGUUUAAUGCCACACUUGACAUAACUUUUGAAGGACAUAAACAACUUCUGGCGAUAAGCGACGACAGAAGAGAACUUCAGCAUGAAGGAUUUUAUGAAGAAGCUAAGGCAGCUUUCCUACACAUUGCGUGGCUCGCAAUGUUAUCAUGCCGACUAUCAGCUGCGGAAUAUCAACUACGGUCGUGCAGGUGGAUUUCCUUUGCGGAGCACACUCACUGGCAAUCAAUGAAUGAGCAACAGUCACCAUGCAACUUAUUAGACUUCAGAAGGAGGACAAGGCAAGUGUUGAUUAUGGGAGGGGGGGACCUGGAAUGCCAACCACUUCUCCCCCUUUUGCCCAACCAUGGAAAAGGGAACAGGCCAAACUCCACGAUCAUCAUUGAGAUUUCGGGCACCACCACCACGUCCACCAACAACAACAACAGCGUGCCGGAGAAAUCCAGCCACGCGACCAUGGGGGAUAAGAUCCCAGAGUUCCAAGAGCCCAUCACCUCCUUGACUUUUGAGUGUCACACCCACUGGCAGGACUCCUUCCUGGUGCUGCGCGAGCUCUACGAGCGGCGGGCACUCUGUGACGUGACCUUGGAGGUGGGCACGGCUCAACUCCGCUGCCACCGACUGGUGCUGGCCUGCGGCAGCCCCUACUUCCGUGCCAUGCUGACCUCUGAGAUGCGGGAGAGCCGCGAGGAGGUCAUAUCCAUCCAUGACAUCGACGAGACGUCUGUGGAGGCUCUGGUGGCCUUCCUCUACACAUCCACCAUCCUCCUGACGGUGGACAACGUCCAGAAACUCCUGCGGGCUGCCUCGCUGCUGCAGAUUGAAACGGUGGCCAAAGCCUGCUGCGACUUCAUGGCCUCACACCUCCAUCCUUCCAACUGCCUGGGCGUACGGAGCUUCGCUGAGCUCCAUGGCCAGAACGAGCUCCUGAGAGCAGCAGACCUUUACACCUAUGACCAUUUCAGAGAGGUGGUAUCAAGUGAGGAGUUCCCCAGCAUAAGCCCUGCUCACCUGUACGACAUCAUCGCCUCGCCAGACAUUCGUAUUGAGAAUGAGACUCAGGUGUACCAGGCUGUCAUGAAGUGGGUGAGGUGCGACCUCCCCAACAGAGUCAGGGACUUGCCCCGCCUUAUAUCAGCGGUCCGUCUUCCCAUGGUUCCCCUCAGCUUCUUGAUGGAGGUCGUGGAAUCUGAGGAACUGAUCAAGAAGUGCCAUGGGUGCCGAGACUUUGUGGACGAGGCCAAGAACUACCACCUGUCCGUCAAAGCCCUGCCCCUCAGCCCCAAGCGCAUCUUCCGGUCGGAGCGCAGCCAACCCAGGAAGAGCACAGCAGGUGUGUUAUUUGUUGUCGGUGGCCGGGGAGCGUCGGGGGACCCAUUCAAGUCUAUCGAGUGCUACGACCUCCGCAGCAACCGCUGGUUCCACGUGGCCGAGCUGAACUACAAGCGAAGGCACGUGGGCGUGGUGUCCUCGGGAGGUAAAGUAUAUGCUGCUGGUGGACAUGAUGGCCGGGACCAUCUCAACAGCAUGGAGGUAUUUGAUCCUAGAACCAACAAAUGGACGCUGCUGUCACCGAUGAAGACCAAAAGGCGGGGCUUAGCUGUCACCCAGCUGGGGGGUCCACUCUAUGCCAUCGGGGGGCUGGACGACAACACAUGCUUCAGUGAAGUGGAGCGGUACGACAUUGCCAGUGACACCUGGAGCUACGCCGCUUCGAUGACCAUGGCCAGAGGGGGUGUGGCCGUGGCCACACUGAAUGACCACAUCUACGCAGUCGGUGGCAAUGACGGCUCCACCACUCUCAACACCUGCGAGCGGUACGACCCCCACCUCAACAAGUGGACGAUGGUCGCCUCCAUGCAGACCAGACGAGCGGGUGGGGGAGUCCUGGCCCUCAAUGGGUACCUCUACGUCAUAGGUGGGUUUGAUGACAGCUCCCCUCUGAACUCAGUGGAGCGAUAUGACCCACGGACCAAAUGCUGGAGCAGUGUGAAGCCGAUGUCGGAGUGCCGUGGAGGCGUGGGCGUCUCGGUCAUCAGCGGAAAGAUCUACGCCAUCGGUGGCCACAACGGGUCCUCCUACCUCAUGUCUGGAGAGUGCUACGACCCAGACACAGACAAAUGGACAGCGAUCAAGGACAUCAGCACGUGCCGGGCAGGGGCCGGGGUUGUGAUCUGCCACUGCCUAGUCCAGUCCCUGAAGGACAUUGGCAAGAACAGCCGCGUCCACAGCUGUGUAUGAUGGACCCAGGAAUUGGCCUAGAGAGAAGAGACGAUUCCGAGCUGUUAAACCUUGAUGAAGUGGGGGAGAGCCCAACCGGGCCUUCGGUAUAUUUACCAAUCAUUGACCAAUCCUGCAAAUUGGAAGGACCGAGUGAGGGAUGCUGCUUAGGAUCUCUGCCUCUGUUAAUUUUUACACACUGAGACUUUACAAAAUUCAACUGUGCCUUGAUCAUCGGUCUUAGUGUGUUGUGGGGUCUUAAUUCUGUGGUAAAGAUUCCCACUCUACGUAGAUGAGGUACUCCUAUGACCACGGAUGCUUCCCAAGUCAGAUUUGUACUGGUGGUUACUUUAGCGAUUUGAUUGUUUGUCUAAACUGUUCAUUUUCUUUUGUAGAUUGACAUAAUGAAUUUUCAGUGUUGUUGUUUCCAACAUCUUGUUUUGUGCUUUCUGCAACAUUAUACUUGUGGUAGAAUCAUCCACCAGCGCAGGCUGCAGUUUUUUAAAUACUGCACUGUGGUAGGAAAAGUUACAAGUUGCCACUUUGCUAGGGCGUCACUUGGAACACAUGUUAUGGCACCCAGACUUUUCUGUAAUGUAAUCUGCAGAAGUCAUAUGAUGGCAGUAGUUAGCAAACCGAGGGUGCCUUUUUUUCACACUUCUAACACUAAGAAGUCAACAUCAUUGGUAAAGAGACCUUAUAUUUACAGGUCGGCCAUAUUGAAGUGAAAGCGAAGUUAAUUUUUCAUUUUUUGAACUGAGGAGCAAAAAUGAAUAACGAAAUAAAAGCUCACUUUCAAAUUAAUGACAGUUUAUACUGAAAAACAAAAGUGAGACUUGGAACCCCAAAUAGUCUGGCACUGCCCCACUUAUUACAAAUCACAUUGAUCAUAAAUGGCUUCCCCUUGAAUAGGAUCUAUCUUUGUUUGGGUAUUUGCCUUCUUCUAUGCAUUCCUGAGAACAUCUGGAACUUCAGUGAAGUGAACAGAAAGGCCCCUUGUUAUUUGGGCUUUGUCUUUUUUGUCAAGUAUAUUUUGAUUGCCUUGCUUGUCCAUGUAAAAAGUACACCUGUAAAUAUUUGUACAUGUGGUCUGAACAACAGUUGUAUUUAACAGACACUGAACAGUCUGUGGUUUUGCUUCAAAGUUAAGUUCUGCUCGUUUGAAAGCAUGCUUCUUACAUCUGCCUUGCUCUUAGCAUGUUGUGCUCGCUCUUCUAGAAGUCUGGCUGUUUUGUUCAUAUUUUAUAAUGCAUUUCCCGUAACUUGGAUUUUACUUAAAGAAAUCAGAAAAUAAGUGUUGUGCGGGAAAUGUUUAAAAGAUUGGGAACUACAUGUGUGAUUAGUUACUAUUUCAAUUUGAGCACAUCACCGGAAUUCGGUGUGCUUUCUUUUCAAACGGAUGUACAUGUAUUUCAGAGAAAUCAAAGAAACAUGGCUGUGCUUUAAAGACUUUAAAGAUGAAUGUUUUGGCCUAAAAAUAGUGUCACAUGAAUGAAUGUCAAUAGAGGCUUUGUGUGGUAACCGUGUUGCAGGGCAGUUGUUUGUUCGAUAGGUAAGGCCGUGUCCGAAUUACUUGGCUGUGACCUGAAAUUACGCACGA